AUGGGGGUGUUGGACAAGCUUACUAUUGCCGUCGUCGGUACCCAUCCCCAUGAUGCUAAACAGAUCAAGGCCUGGAUCGAGCGAAACGGCGGCAAAUACUCUGUGAAGAUCAACAAGAGCGUCACCCACCUCAUCGCCAGUAAAGAGGCAUACAAGAAACCCGCCGACGCAGUACAACAAGCCACCGACCUAAACAUCCACGUAGUCAGCUAUGACUGGUUCGACGACUCGUUGCAAGCGAAGAAGAAGCUUGGUACUAGGAAGUACACGUGGGAAGUGCUUAUGAAAGAGAGGAAGAAGAAGAAAGAGCUCAAGAGGAUAGGUACUCUGGCGGAUGGCAGUAAGUUCAGGAAAGGUUGUGAGAACAUCGAAGGGUUGACUGGAUCAGGUACGUCGAAGGCUUCUCGUAUUGUUGCGAAAAAGCCCAGGAAGAGCAAGAGUUUCUUCUUUGCCACGUCUGCCCCGGCAGUUCCUUCAAUUCCCUUCAUUUCCGCGAAAGAAGAUCUCUUGCGUAGGAGGGCGGAGAGAGAGGCUGCAUUGGCAGAGGGUGCUGGAGCUGGAGCCUGUGAGGGCCAGGCAAAUAACUCUAUUGAAGUCAUGGAUGACACUUCAAGCCCGGCCAGCCAAUCUCCAAAGUCUUUCUCUCUUAUCCAUACACCUCUCAAGAACUCCAAGACCUCUACUACCUCCAAGAAAGUCCCACAAGCUAAGAAUUCGCACUGGAAAGAGGAUUAUCACUACUAUCAAGAUACGGACGGCUUUGAGUACAAAAUCCUGCUUGUACGCGUGGACAAUCCUCCCUAUGGCUCUGCAAACUACCACAUUGGGCUACUGCAGAGUCACACAAAGCCGCAUGUGUACUGGGCGCUUGUACAGUACAAGCCUGCCAAGAUCUUACCGGCAGCGGAGAGAGAAGAGAAGGAAGGCGUGAAGCGACAAGUAUCUCUUAGCAGCGACGAAACCACUCAGCACCCCGAGGCCGACCGCCUACUCUCCCUCAUCACCAAACCAGCCCCAACACCCGAGGCCCCGUACAACGGCGAGCUAUGCCCCCGCGGCAGUGACUUCGCUACCGCCAUGCGCUCAUUCCGCCACGCCUUCCGCGAUCUUACCCUCCUCUCAUGGGAGGAACGAUUCGACGACGAUAAAACCCUCCAAAAAGCCCGCGCCCAAAUCCUGAACAUCGAGCCCUUCUGGUACGGAAAACCGAAAAUGGGCAUGCCGAUGGGCAAGUAG